UGUCAGUCACUUUUUCCCGAAGUGUCGCCAGCAACAAAGUAGUGUGUACAUCACACCGAGGGAUGAAGGAAAAAAAUUCAAAGGGGGGCGAAAAACAGAUAAGGUCACUUUUGCUGUCAGUUAGGUUUUUAUACAUUUUUGAUAGCUAGUUUGAGUCUACCUAGCUAGCUACGUUUUUGGAAAAUGUUACCACAAUGAAGAACGUUAGCUAGCCAAAUUUGGCGUUUUAGCUGGGCUAAAUGUAAUAUAAAUGGCUAGCUAUCCAUUUUAGCCAGCUAGCUAACGUUACCGCUAGCGGGUAAGCCAUAUUUAGCUAGCUUGCAAAAGCAACACACGAGAUAGCUAGCUUGCUAUCCUAGCUAAAUAAUAAAAAGAUUUAAGGAUUAUUUUGCGGCUUUUUAUCUUUUUCUUAAAUCCCUGUUGUGGUUUGCCUUUUGACAACUAGUUACUCCUUUAGUUAGCUGAUGGACAGUUUCACAGACGUUCUUUGUCACUUCUCGGGCGUUUUAAGGUAACGUUAUUGGUUCUGGGGCGGCUAGGCGAAGCAGGAGACUGUACAGAUGUGGCAGCCAAGUUUGUCCCCUUGUCUCCGGGACCUGGGUUGGUAAGCACACGGCAAUUUAGAUGCGUUGGAGUUGAUGCUACAGCCAACUACAACAUUUGGCAAGAAAUGUAUUGUUCGUUUUUGGAGAGAAACGCAAAAUAGCUAGCUAAGUUAGUUAUCCAGAUGACUGUCAAGUGUUAAGCUAGCAAAUUCAGCUGUCGUCGCUGGCUAGUUGCUGUCGAGUUUAGCAGAGCUAACUGGGCCCUAUUAUCUAUAUUUGUGUCUGCUUCAACUAUAUUAACUCAAACUUGACAGUUGCACGAGACUUGCAGGCUGUGAAAUAUUCGGUGUAGCUGCUGCCAAUGCUACAGUAGCUCGCACACAGGCGUCUUCGAAGGAGUGCAAACUUAAUCGUAGGUAACUGACUACAUUUGUUGCAUCCACAACACUCAUUUGUUUUUACCACAGGACUAUCCAUUCUGAUUUACAAAAGGGAUCAGAACAAUUAUUUGCUACUAAGUGUGAGGCGUGGGCGCCCCAUUCAAGUCGGGCUUUUAAAUACUGCGGUGAUGACUUUAGAAUCCAUGAUGGCUUGUUGCCUGAGCGAGGAGGCGAAGGAGUCCAAACGAAUCAACGCCGAGAUCGAUAAGCAGCUUCGCCGAGACAAGCGAGACGCGAGGAGGGAACUCAAACUGCUUUUAUUGGGCACUGGCGAGAGUGGCAAGAGCACAUUCAUCAAACAGAUGCGCAUCAUCCAUGGGACGGGCUACACUGACGAGGACAAAAGAGGCUUCACCAAGCUGGUGUACCAGAACAUCUUCACCUCCAUGCAGUCCAUGAUCCGGGCCUCCGAGACCCUCAAGAUCCAGUACAAGUAUGAACAGAACAAGUCCAAUGCGCUGCUCGUGCGAGAAGUGGACGUGGAGAAGGUGUGUUCCUUCGAACAGCCCUACAUCAGUGCAAUAAAGAUGCUUUGGACAGACCCUGGCAUCCAGGAGGCCUACGACCGCAGACGCGAAUAUCAGCUCUCGGACUCAACCAAAUAUUACCUUAGAGAUUUAGAGCGAAUAGCGACCAAGGGGUACGUGCCCACUCAGCAGGAUGUGCUGCGGGUUCGAGUGCCCACUACUGGCAUCAUUGAGUACCCUUUUGACCUGGAGAAUGUAAUCUUCAGGAUGGUGGAUGUAGGGGGUCAGAGGUCAGAGAGGAGGAAGUGGAUCCACUGCUUUGAGAACGUCACGUCCAUCAUGUUCCUGGUUGCCCUCAGCGAGUACGACCAGGUUCUGGUGGAGUCUGACAACGAGAAUCGGAUGGAGGAGAGCAAGGCUCUGUUCCGGACCAUCAUCACAUAUCCCUGGUUCCAGAACUCCUCCGUCAUCCUGUUCCUCAACAAGAAGGACCUAUUGGAGGAGAAGAUCACUUACUCCCACCUGGUCGACUACUUCCCCGAGUUUGAUGGGCCCCAGAGAGACGCUCAGGCGGGCCGGGAGUUUAUCCUAAAGAUGUUUGUGGACCUGAACCCUGACAGCGACAAGAUCAUCUACUCCCACUUCACCUGCGCCACAGACACAGAGAACAUCCGCUUUGUGUUCGCUGCCGUCAAAGACACCAUCCUGCAGCUCAACCUGAAGGAGUACAACCUGGUGUGAGAGAGAGAAAUUGAGAGAAACCGGCAGCCCACGCAGAGUACACACACACACCAACAAAUGAAAC